GAAGUCAUUUUGGAUUUGUGAUGAUAUCUUAGCCAAGUGCUGCAGAGGGAAUGAACAUGCACUUGCUAGCGGCAGAGUUCAGCACGAUGGGAAGCAGUGAAUGGAAAGAAUCUAUUUUGCACCCUUGAAAGAAUUAAAAUCCCUUUGGACUGUGGACUUGCUUCGGACCAACACACCAAGGAUCUUUUUUUCCCUAGUUUGUUCCGUCAGAAGCUCACUGGAUUGCUGCAUUACAAGAAAUCUGUCCACAAAUCAAAAGGUUUCUGUGCAAAAAUUGCUAAUUUUUUUUUCCUCAUCAUUGUCUUUUAAUUUUGCUCCCUGGAAUUCCAGCCCUUAAGAUCAAAGCACGUGGAAAUGGGUGACAUGAGUAAUAGUGAUUUCUAUUCCAAGAACCAAAGAAAUGAAGCCAACCAUGCAGCUGAUUUCGGCUGCGACCUUAUGGAGCUGCGCUCCCUCAUGGAGCUGCGGGGGAGUGAGGCAGUGGUUAAAAUUAAAGAAUGCUAUGGGGACACUGAUGGCUUGUGCAAGAGAUUGAAGACAUCUCCUACAGAAGGCUUGCCCGGUACAGUAGCAGAUCUAGAAAAAAGAAGGGAAAUUUUCGGACAAAACUUUAUACCUCCAAAAAAGCCAAAAACGUUCUUACAACUAGUAUGGGAAGCUCUUCAAGACGUGACACUGAUUAUCCUGGAAAUCGCAGCCAUUAUAUCCCUAGGCCUCUCCUUUUAUCGACCUCCUGGAGGAGAAACUGAAGGCUGUGGUGGUACGGCAGCAGGAGCAGAAGAUGAGGGAGAAGCAGAAGCCGGCUGGAUUGAAGGAGCUGCCAUCCUCUUGUCUGUUGUCUGUGUUGUACUUGUCACUGCCUUCAAUGACUGGAGCAAAGAAAAGCAAUUCAGGGGCCUCCAAAGCCGUAUUGAACAAGAACAAAAAUUUACAGUCGUCCGUGGUAGUCAGGUCAUUCAAAUCCCUGUGGCAGAGAUGGUGGUUGGAGACAUUGCACAAGUUAAAUAUGGUGAUCUUCUUCCUACUGACGGCAUAUUUAUUCAGGGAAAUGACCUGAAAAUUGAUGAAAGUUCUUUAACCGGUGAAUCUGACCAAGUCCGCAAGUCUAUAGAUAAGGACCCAAUGCUGCUCUCUGGUACUCAUGUGAUGGAAGGCUCAGGGAGAAUGCUCGUCACUGCUGUAGGUGUCAAUUCUCAGACCGGAAUCAUCUUCACCUUGUUAGGAGCCAGCGAAGUCGAGGAUGAAAAGAAGGAUAAGAAAGUUGGCUCCACCCAUCCACCCUCUCAUCCUCCUGCAGCCACAGAUGGUGCCGCAGGAGCAAACGCUAUUGAUAAUGCAAAUGCCAGCUUAGUGAAUGGCAAAAUGCAAGAUGGAAAUGUGGAGAGCAUCCAGAAUAAAGCCAAACAGCAGGACGGUGCAGCCGCAAUGGAAAUGCAGCCCUUGAAAAGUGCUGAAGGAGGUGAUGGAGAUGACAAGGACAAAAAGAAAUCUAAUCCCCACAAGAAGGAGAAGUCUGUGCUGCAGGGCAAGCUGACCAAACUCGCGGUACAGAUCGGGAAAGCUGGUUUGGUUAUGUCUGCCAUUACUGUCAUUAUCUUGGUACUGUACUUCGCCAUUGAUACGUUUGUUGUGAACAAAAGGCAGUGGCUUCCAGAAUGCACUCCGAUCUACAUCCAGUACUUUGUUAAAUUUUUCAUCAUUGGCGUGACUGUAUUAGUGGUAGCCGUUCCUGAGGGACUUCCUCUGGCUGUCACUAUUUCUCUGGCCUACUCUGUUAAAAAAAUGAUGAAAGAUAAUAAUUUAGUGAGACAUUUAGAUGCUUGUGAAACCAUGGGGAAUGCAACGGCAAUCUGCUCGGACAAGACCGGCACGUUGACCACCAACCGGAUGACAGUUGUACAAGCAUUUGUGGGAGAUGCCCACUACAAAGAGAUUCCAGAUCCUGAUGGCCUUCCAGCUAAAACGUUGGAUGUGUUAGUUCACGCCAUCGCCAUCAACAGUGCAUAUACCUCCAAAGUCUUGCCUGCAGAGAAAGAUGGGGGGCUUCCACGGCAAGUGGGAAACAAAACAGAGUGUGGUUUGUUGGGGUUUGUCUUGGACUUGAAGAGAGAUUACCAAGUAGUAAGGAAUAAGAUUCCAGAGGAGAAACUUUACAAAGUGUACACCUUCAACUCCGUCAGAAAAUCCAUGAGCACUGUUGUUAAACUAGAUGAUGGCAGCUUCCGAAUGUACAGCAAAGGUGCUUCUGAGAUCAUCCUAAAAAAAUGCUCUAGAAUUUUAAAUGAGGUGGGCGAACCACGGAUUUUUAGGCCUAGAGACCGGGAUGAGAUGGUAAAAAGCGUGAUAGAGCCCAUGGCAUGCGACGGACUUCGAACCAUCUGUAUCGCUUACCGAGACUUUCCCAUGAGCCCAGAGCCUGAAUGGGACAAUGAAAAUGACAUUGUCACUGAUCUGACAUGCCUUGCUGUUGUUGGUAUUGAGGAUCCAGUCAGACCAGAGGUACCAGAGGCCAUAAGAAAAUGCCAGCGGGCUGGCAUCACGGUCCGCAUGGUGACUGGGGAUAACAUUAAUACUGCCCGUGCCAUUGCCAUUAAGUGCGGUAUUAUCCAUCCUGGAGAGGAUUUUCUCUGCAUUGAUGGAAAGGAAUUUAACCGGAGGAUACACAAUGAGAAGGGAGAGAUCGAACAAGAACGGAUUGAUAAGAUUUGGCCCAAGCUCCGGGUUCUGGCCCGCUCCUCGCCUACUGACAAACAUACACUGGUGAAAGGAAUCAUAGACAGCACCCAGGUGGAACAGAGGCAAGUGGUUGCGGUGACUGGAGAUGGAACAAAUGACGGACCAGCUCUGAAGAAAGCAGAUGUGGGAUUUGCCAUGGGAAUCGCAGGCACAGAUGUUGCAAAAGAAGCUUCUGACAUUAUUCUCACAGAUGAUAACUUCUCCAGCAUUGUGAAAGCCGUAAUGUGGGGCCGCAACGUGUACGACAGCAUCUCCAAGUUCCUGCAGUUCCAGUUAACGGUGAAUGUGGUGGCUGUCAUCGUAGCAUUUACUGGGGCUUGCAUCACACAGGACUCUCCACUGAAAGCCGUGCAGAUGUUGUGGGUCAACCUUAUUAUGGACACAUUUGCUUCUCUUGCUCUGGCAACAGAACCCCCCACAGAGUCUCUUCUCCUACGGAAACCUUAUGGAAGGAACAAGCCCCUAAUUUCUCGGACCAUGAUGAAAAAUAUCCUGGGCCAUGCAGUAUACCAGCUUACGCUUAUAUUCACCCUGCUGUUUGCUGGGGAAACUAUGUUCAAUAUCGACAGUGGAAGAAAUGCCCCCCUACAUUCCCCACCUUCAGAACAUUAUACCAUCAUCUUCAACACUUUUGUAAUGAUGCAGCUCUUUAACGAAAUCAAUGCCCGCAAGAUCCACGGAGAGCGCAACGUCUUUGAUGGCAUAUUCAGGAACCCUAUUUUUUGCACAAUCGUGUUGGGCACAUUUGCCAUCCAGAUCGUAAUUGUGCAGUUUGGUGGCAAACCAUUCAGCUGUUCUCCUUUACAACUGGACCAAUGGAUGUGGUGUAUAUUCCUUGGAUUUGGAGAACUGGUAUGGGGACAGGUUAUAUCCAGCGUUCCAACAAGUAGAUUGAAAUUCUUGAGGGGGGCUGGUAAUCUCACUCAGAAGGAGGAGAACCAAGAGGAAGAACUCAACGAAGAUGCAGAAGAAAUAGAUCACGCAGAGAGAGAGCUGAGGAGGGGGCAAAUUCUUUGGUUCCGAGGUCUCAACAGAAUCCAGACACAGAUUGAAGUAGUGAAUACUUUCAAGAGCGGAGCUUCAUUUCAGGGUGCUCUGAGGAGACAGUCCUCUACCACAAGCCAGAACCAGGAUGUAACCAAUAUUUCUAGUCCUAGUCACGUAUCGUUAUCCAAUGCUCUUUCUUCUCCUACCAGCACAUCAGCUGCAGCAGCAGGGCAUCCGCGUCGUGAAGGCAUUCCGUAGCUCUCUCUAUGAAGGUUUAGAAAAACCGGACUCUCGAACUUCCAUACACAACUUCAUGACCCAUCCAGAGUUUAAGAUUGAAGACUCACAGCCUCAUAUCCCUCUUAUUGAUGAUACUGAUCUGGAAGAAGAUCCUGCCCUGAAGCAAAACUCCAGCCAGCCCCCUUCACCAAACAAGAACAACAACGCCAUUGAUAGUGGGAUCAAUCUCACGACAGAUACAAGCAAAUCAGCUACCUCUUCCAGUCCUGGGAGCCCUAUACAUAGCUUGGAGACAUCCCUUUAGCUGAAGAUGGCAUUGCAAAAUCAAAGUAAUAAUUCAUAUUAAUGGAAAAAGUUACACCUGUGGCCUGGCUCAUUAAAGAUGUUUUUAUUCUUGGAGGCCAGCAACAGAUGCUCAUGGACCAGGCAGCUCUGGAAAUGAGAACGUGGCAGAAUUUUAAAUGCCAUCAAGCCGUUUCCUUUUGGAAAAGAAAGACAAGCUACGAAAAGACUCCAAACAACCAUGUUCCUGCAUGAAUGUACACUUGCAAUCCCUUCUCUGUACUGGUUUUAUCAUUUUAUUUUUUACAUGUUUCUAGAAUUUUCCAUAGGUGGGAGCGACCUUAAAAAAAAAAAAAA